CUCUCUCUCUCUCUAAAAACCCCAGGUACCGCGCCGCGGCGAACGCCGGCGAGAUGGCGGGGCCCCUCUCGCGACCGCGCAACGCCAGCGACGACCGCAUCAACGAGCUACCGGAAGUACUCCUCUCAGACAUCCUCUCCCGCCUCGGUACCGCAGAGGCGGCCCGCACCGUCGUCCUUUCCACGCGCUUCCGCGACGCGUGGCUCGCGACCCCCCUCCGCCUCGACGACCUCGAGCUCCCCGUCCCCGCACGUGGCAAUGUCUCCUUGAUCCAGCCCUGGACGGCGCGCGCCGACGUCGUCACCCGCGCCCUAGCCUCCCACCCCGGCCCCGUCGCGCUCUUCCGCCUCUCCCGGACCUCCUUCCGCGGCCGCGUCCCCGCGGCCGAGGCCUGGUUCCGGCAGCUCGCCGCCAAGUGCGUCCGCGAGGUCUCCCUCUGCUUCUCGCCCGAGUGGUGCCACGACGCGCUCGCCGACCCCCUUCUCGGCUGCCCAACCCUCCAGGUCUUCGCCCUUGGCAAGUGCCACCUCUCCGACGCCGGGGCCUCAGCCGCCGCCGCCGCCGCCCUCACCGAGCUCACCUUGUCGGAAACCUGCAUUUCCGAGGCUGCUCUUCAGAGCGUACUCUCCGGCUGCCCCGCGCUGCGCAGCCUCGUGCUCAAGCACGUCCACGGCCUUCAGCGCAUCCGCGUCUCUUCUUGCCGCAGUCUCGUUCUGCUCGGUGUGUGGCACUACAAGCAGCUCGACGAGAUCACCGUGGAGGAUGCCCCUUGUCUGGAGCGCCUUCUCGGCAAUAUGCGUCUGAAUGCAGCCAUUACCAUCACUGGUGCGCCAAAGCUUACUGCUUUUGGCUAUGCCGUGGUCAGCAUCCCGCAUUUGUUCCACGGCGAGCGUGCGCCGCAGGGCGUCAACAAGGGUCUGCGUGCCCCGAUCCAUAGCGUGAAGAUCCUGGCUAUCAGUGUGAAGUUCUCAAGCAAGAAGGACAUGGAGAAGGUGAUGAGCUUACUCGACAGCUUUCCCUGCUUGGAGACUUUGCAUUUCCAGUCCUCGGAUUACAGGUCAGGUGCAGACAAGGAUUACACCACUGUCUCUGACUACAACCAGAAGCGUUAUCCCAUCAGGUGUGUUGCGAGAUAUCUCAAGAGCGUUAUACUGGAAUGCGAACAACACAACCCUGGCAUGCUUGAAUUUGCAUGUUUUCUCCUUGCUAGAGCACAUGUGCUGCAGUUCAUGAGGAUUCAGUCCGAGAUGUGUGACGUUCCAAAAUGGGUUACGGAGCAGCAAAAUCUGCUCAGCCAAAGCAACAUGGCCUCCCUGGAAGCCGAGGUCGUGUUUGAGGGUAUGAAACAACGCAAGGACUUCACCACAGAAGGUGUGAAUGCUCUAUCCGACCCCUUUGACGGUGGCAUCAACAUCUUGGGGCACUAAACGAACUCUGAAUGUUUAUUUGUUGAGGUUUCACUCAAGAUAAUCGCCAUCCAUGAUGCACCGGCUGGCCUUUUGGUUAUGUUCAAUUGAGUUUUGGCUCUAGAUUCCAGACUCAUUUUGACCGGAAUUUAAGGUUUCAUGUUGAAAAAGUUUACUAUUAAUGAGGUGGCCAGUAUCUCUUGUCUUAUAAGUAUUUAGUUAAUUUUCUGCAUGUGGAGUUGUAGACUUCGAUUUAGGUUGAGUUGAAUGGUUUGACUGUGAAGAUUGUUGCGCGUGGCGCUGCUGGCAGGAGUUCUUGUGGUAUGAUAGUACUGAAAAUAAUCGCCAUCCCUGAUGCGCUGGCUGGCCUUUUGGUUAUGCUCAGUUGACUUCAGACUCUAGAUUCUAGACUAUGAUUUGGGCGGAAUUUUGAGGUUUCAUGUUGCAGAAGUUUACUACUCCCUCUGUUCACAAGAUAAGGCGCUGAAGAAUUUCAGACAGCAUGCAAAGUAGCCUAUUUUCAGUUGUCUGAAAUGACUUACAAAAGUGAACGGAGGGAGUACUUAUGUUGUGACUAGUUUCGCUUGUCUUAUCUUUAGUUAAAGUUAAUUUUCUGAAUGUGGAGUUGUAGUCAUUGAUUUAGACUGAGUGUAAUGGUUUCACUGUGAAGAUUGUUGCAUGUGAAGC